AUGACAAGGUUUCAAAUGGUGCAGCAAUAUAUCAUCAGAGGUGAUGAGCUGCUAGCUAUGGCAGUGAAAUUCCCUGUUAUCUUUGAUGACUCAAUGUUCAAGACUUUCCAGCUACCCAAAGUCUGGAAUUUACCCUACAAUAAUCUGAAAAGACAUAGCACAUUGGUACUCUACAUAUAUCAUGAUGCUGCCUUGAAUACAUGGGCCAUGCAGCCAAUUGCCUGUGUUGACUUGGAGUUUGGUGAAGAAAUGUCUGGGUCUUACAAGGCUGAGGACAUCCCUGGAACUUGGCCCUGGCUCAAGCUUGAAAUUCAACAUUUUUGGGAAGCUCAUGGAUAUGGAAUCCUCAAUGUUGAAUAG